AUGAACACCGAGUCAUCGACUUGAAAGCAUCGGUUAUGUAUAUCACUGGUUUUUCUUCCGCAGCCGAGAACGGAACGGUCGGUUACGGUGAGAGAGUUGUCGGCGAUGGAGAGGAAAGUGAAGGAAGAAGCAAAGGAGAGCAUAACGGAGAGGCUGUCGUCUCUUGAUGACCUCUACUUUCCUCGCGCGCUUCAGUCGUCGGCUUCCGAUCCCUCCCAACGGAAGUCCAUCCUCCUCGACCUCCUCUCUCGCGACGUCGCCGUCUUCUUAGAACGAUAUGGAGCGCAAUUGACUAGUGAUGAGCUUAGGGAAUUCGAUGUUCUCAGUGAGGAUUAUGAGAUAAAUUGGCAUUUGAAACAUAUAAGAAGCAAGAUGAACCCAACUACAGAAGAGUUGAAAUCAAGGUCGGUUAGAGUAAAGAACCGUAGGCGAGCUUACUUGAAUAAGCUCAUACUUGAUGGGCAGUACUUUUCAGAGGAUGCAAUGAGAGAGAGGGAGCCUUAUUUACAUCAUGAGUAUGUAGGGAGGUUUCAGGACCCGAGUGGCAGGAGUAUGGCUCGGCCAGGGGAGCGGUGGUCAGAGACGUUGAUGAGGAGAUCGGAGGAAGCUGUGCUGCUCGCUAAGAUUAGGGAAGAGCAGCAGAGGCAUGGUGUGGCUGAGGCAGACUGGGUUGGCAAUGAGAGACGCCAACAAGAGGAAGAGGAAGAAGAAGAAGAAGAAGAAGAAGAGGAGGAGGAGGAGGAGGAGGAGGAAGAAGAAGAAGAAGAAGAAAAAGAAGAAGAAGAAGAAGAAGAAGAAGUGAAGAAGGCUGGCAGAUGUGUGCAUUCCACAGAGAUGAUUGUGGACCAUCCUGGUGAAAGUGCUUGUGCUCAAUCCACCAUUAUGGAGCAAAAAGAGGAAAUAGUUUCUUCGGAAGAUAUGCAAGAUGGGAUGGAUCAGUUUACUUACAUCAUGCAGCAGAAGUUUCUCUCUGGGGGAGAUCAUCAGUAUUUAGAUUACUCAAAAAUAGAUGAAGAUGAGACCUUGGAUGAUCAUUGGCUUAGAGAAGCUAACCAUGAUGCUGAGGAGAAGUAUUUUGCCGAUGAUUAAGAACAGAAGGCCAGAUUAACAUAUAAUUAAACUGUCAGAACUAGCCCUUUGUUCAUUGGCAGGUAUUCGAUCGUGUAACUUUAAGCCUUUUUGUAUGAAACUAUGAAUGGUAUGUGAUCAAAUGGUUUAGAAAGUCUUGAGGCUAUUGUGCAUAUCUGACUGUCAUUA